UCACGUCGAGCUGUGAUUCGAUAACCCCUUUCCAAGCUUCCGAGUGCUGGGGGCAAGGGAAGGAUGGGGUUCUUGCUCAUGGAUCUGGUUGGGGUCCUCUGACCACCGAGCAGUGGUUUCUGGAGCUGCUGCUGAAUUUUGCCGAGAAUACACCUCCAUCACCUGAAGGUAGUCGGAGCCCCCCAACAAUGGAUAAAUUUGUCAUCCGAACACCCAAGAUCCAGAAUAGCCCACAGAAGAAACAGCUCGGAGGAAAGGUUUACAAGCAAGCCACGAUCGAAUCUUUGAAGAGAGUUGUGGUUGUAGAAGACAUAAAAAGAUGGAAAGCUACGUUGGAGCUUCCUGGUCAAACCAAGGAGAACCUAGUUGUAGCCUUACAAGAAUUAAAGAAGAAAAUCCCCUCCAGGGAGGUGUUGAAGUCGACGAGGAUAGGUCACAUUGUGAACAAGAUGCGCAGGCACUCAGACCCAGAGGUGGCGAGUCUUGCCAAAGAUGUUCACGCUGAGUGGAAAACUUUCUUUGAAGAACAUGUGGAUAGACCUUCUAUUGAAGUCCGAAGUGAUCCGAAAACUGAGUCAUUUAGAAAAAAUGCCCAGAAAUUACUCUCAAACGCCUUGGAAUUGGAGAUGGAUCACCUACUGGUUGAAAAUAUUGAGCGGGAAACCUUUCAUCUCUGCUCCCGGCUCAUUAACGGGCCGUACCGGAGGACGGUGCGCGCUCUGGUCUUCACAUUAAAGCACCGAGCUGAGAUCCGGGAGCAGGUGAAGAGCGGGGCGCUGCCGGUCGGCACGUUUGUACAGACCCACAAAAAGUGACCCGACGAUGGGCCCAGCGCUGGGCCUCGCGCCGCCACUCAAAGACUCUUUGAGUUUGGGUGAUGCGGGUGUCGGCUGUGCUGGAUAUUCCCAUGGUGCCAUUCCUUCAGACAGAAUGCGGGGAGCCCUGGGAGACAGGCCCGUGGGAGCGGCUUCAUUAGCUGUCUUUCAGCCUGCCUGACUGGAUGCACGCGGCUGUCACUAGGACGCGCCAUCCAGUUGCCGUCACCCAACACAAUGGAAGGGUGACAGGUUUCACUGUGAGCUUGCCAAGGACACCUCUAAACUCCCCCCAUGGCAGGCAGAUGAAGUUACCACUUUAUUUCGCCACCCUGCAGGUAACUGAAACUCAAUUACGGCUGCCGCUCACUCAGUUCCAUCCCCCUGAGUUUAGACAGCUCCGGUGCCUCUCAGAACUCCCCUGUCUCUUCUCUUUGCUCAACCCCAGGGGUGAGCCCACUGGAGCCUGAGACCAGCCCUGCUUGCCAGCGCGCACUUAUCUGAGCCUUUCAGCUCUCCCUGGAAGACCUUCGGGGAUGGGCUCCUGAGCCCCCAUGCUGCGGCUUCUAAUGAGACGCUGGCCUGAAGCUUCCCGCACCUCAGGGUUCAUUUGAAUACAGGCUCUGCAGAAAAUGCAUAAUGAAAUUCCUCUCGCAGUGACUUACUGCCGUAGGGAAAGGUGCGCACGUGAAGAUUUUCAAUGAAAUAUGUCUCUACAAGCCUGCUUGGGUGGUCACGGAAAGUGUCCUCGCUCUUUAAAAGGUGAUAAUAAACGGAUACACUAAAAACAAGUGUAGUUC